ACCACUUCCACUAUCAAAUGUCAAACUCUACACGUUUUCUUCACCAACCUCAGCACUAAUAGACAAUUACAAAUAUGUAAAUCUCCAUGCAAUGUCUCUCAUGCAAAGCCCCUCAGCCCAGGAAACCAGUAAACCAGUAAACGUUGACUUUCUCUCUCAUCCUCGAAGAGUUUCUUUGUUACUAAGAGAGGCUUCUUUAUUACCUCUGCACCUCAUAAAACAUCACAGAAAAUGGCUUAUGUGAAGUCCUUUGCAUUUAUUGCAAUGCUUCUUGCAAUUUCUGUUAUUCAAUCCGAGUGCAGAGUUGCAAGAAAAGACUUGGGGGUGGAUCUUGGUGGUGUGGGAGUUGGGGUUGGAGCUGGGGUGGGCUUGGGACUUGGUGGUAGUGGCUCAGGAUCUGGAUCUGGGUCAGGGUCGGGUUCUGGCUCUGGUUCUAGUUCUGGGUCAAGCUCAGCUUCCUCAUCAGGGUCAUCUUCGGGUUCUGGAUCUGGAGCAGGAUCUGAAGCGGGUUCAUAUGCUGGGUCUAGGGCUGGUUCGGGAUCAGGCAGCAACCAUGGGCGUGGAGCAAGAUCCGGGUCGGGUCGAGGUAGUGGACGUGGGGAAGGAUAUGGUCAGGGGUCCGGCAGGGGAAGUGGUUCUGGGUCGGGUUCUGGCUAUGGUGAAGGCCAUGGUGAAGGUGAAGGUGAUGGUGGGGAGUGAGAAGAGAAGGUGUAUCUACUGCUAAUUUAGUAGCAAAAUAAAUAAGUAUGGACAUUGUCACCAUCUUUGUAAAUAAAUAAAGUGGUGAAACCAGUCUCUGUGUAAUAUAUAAAUGAGUUAUAGACAUAAAGUUACAAUAAGAAUAUUGUUGGUAUUGCAUGCUUUCUUCUUCGUGUUCUUUAAAUUUGCUGCAAAGUUUUAUCCAUCUUCAUCUUAAUUUUGAA